CCGCGGCCGCUUCUCGUCGCGGAGCUGCUGCCGCCGCCGGGCGGACGGGCGGACGCGCGGAGCUGGGGGCGGCGCGGCGAACCCGGCGGGACGCGGCGGGGCUGACCGGCCCCGAUGAGGCGGAAGGAGAAGCGGCUUCUGCAGGCGGUGGCGCUGGUGCUGGCGGCCCUGGUCCUUCUGCCCAACGUGGGGCUCUGGGCGCUGUACCGCGAACGGCAGCCCGACGGCACCCCUGGGGGAUCCGGGGCGGCGGUGCCCCCUGCGGCCGGACUGGGAUCACACAGUCAGCCAAAAAAGAUAUUUUUCUUGGGAGAUGGGCAAAAGCUGAAGGACUGGCACGACAAAGAAGCCAUCAGAAGGGAUGCUCAGCGUGUAGGAAAUGGGGAACAGGGGAGACCUUACCCCAUGACUGACGCUGACAGAGUGGAUCAGGCGUACCGAGAAAAUGGAUUCAACAUCUACGUCAGUGAUAAAAUCUCCCUGAAUCGCUCUCUCCCUGAUAUUCGGCACCCUAACUGCGUCAGCAAGCGCUACCUGGAGACACUCCCCAACACCAGCAUCAUCAUCCCCUUCCACAACGAGGGCUGGUCCUCCCUGCUCCGCACCGUGCACAGCGUGCUGAACCGCUCCCCGCCGGAGCUGAUCGCCGAGAUCGUGCUGGUGGAUGACUUCAGUGACCGAGAGCACCUGAAGAAGCCCCUUGAAGACUAUAUGGCCCAUUUCCCCAGCGUGAGGAUUCUCCGAACCAAGAAACGGGAAGGGCUGAUAAGGACCCGGAUGCUGGGAGCCUCCGCAGCAACUGGGGAUGUCAUCACGUUCUUGGACUCACACUGUGAAGCCAAUGUCAACUGGCUCCCCCCCUUGCUCGACCGCAUCGCUCGGAACCGGAAGACCAUCGUGUGCCCGAUGAUUGACGUGAUUGACCACGACGACUUUCGCUACGAGACCCAGGCCGGGGACGCCAUGCGGGGUGCCUUUGACUGGGAGAUGUACUACAAGAGGAUCCCGAUCCCUCCAGAACUGCAGAAAGCUGACCCCAGCGACCCAUUUGAGUCUCCCGUGAUGGCUGGUGGACUGUUCGCUGUGGAUCGGAAGUGGUUCUGGGAGCUGGGCGGGUACGACCCAGGCCUGGAAAUCUGGGGAGGGGAGCAGUACGAAAUCUCAUUCAAGGUGUGGAUGUGUGGAGGCCGCAUGGAGGACAUCCCCUGCUCCCGGGUGGGCCAUAUCUACAGGAAGUAUGUACCGUACAAGGUCCCUGCUGGAGUCAGCCUGGCCCGGAACCUGAAACGAGUGGCAGAAGUAUGGAUGGACGAGUACGCCGAGCACAUCUACCAGCGCCGGCCAGAGUACCGCCACCUCUCCGCUGGGGACGUAGCUGCCCAGAAAAAGUUCCGCAGCUCCCUUAACUGCAAGAGUUUCAAGUGGUUUAUGACCGAGAUCGCCUGGGAUCUGCCCAAAUUCUAUCCGCCCGUGGAGCCCCCGGCCGCAGCUUGGGGAGAGAUUCGCAAUGUGGGCACAGGACUGUGUGCAGACACAAAGCACGGGGCCUUGGGCUCCCCACUGAGGCUGGAGAGCUGCGUCCGGGGCCGCGGGGAGGCGGCGUGGAACAACAUGCAGGUGUUCACCUUCACCUGGAGAGAGGACAUCCGGCCUGGAGACCCCCAGCACACCAAGAAGUCCUGCUUUGACGCCGUGUCCCACACCAGCCCCGUCACCCUCUAUGACUGCCACAGCAUGAAGGGCAACCAGCUGUGGAAGUACCGCCAUGACAAGAGCUUGUACCACCCCAUUAGUGGCAGUUGCAUGGACUGCAGUGUCACGGAGCACAGGAUCUUCAUGAACACCUGCAACCCCUCCUCUGCCACCCAGCAGUGGCUGUUUGAACACACCAACUCAACAGUGUUGGAAAAAUUCAAUAGAAACUGAGCGCACACAUCCCCUCGGCAAGCCUGGGGGGUCCUCCCUGGCACUCACUGCAGCCUUCCUCUCCCAAGGGAGACAGGGCUUCCGUGGGCACCACAACGUAAAGGUGCUGGCCAGCUGGUUCGGGGUGAAGGGGCUCUUACAGCUGGUGCAGGGUGUCUGUCUGCUCCUGGACGCCCUGACGUGUGGCGGUCGCAUGGAGUGCAGACCCCACAAGAGGCCCCCACGAGAACGCAGCCUGCUUUAACCCCGGAUGGCAUUGUGGAAAUCCAGGAGGGCCUUUUCAACUUUGUCACCAUGUUCCCUUGAGCAUUAUGUGGGAGAAAUGCCAGGGCAGCCCUAGGCCACCCAAAACUGAGUCCUGCAAGGUCAUCCUGCCUUCUGAUGGCUCGUACAUGAUGGUCGUUUAGAAAGAGAGGCAAAUUUUGCCUGUUAGGGGCAACUCUUAGCACCAUUGCCACCCAACUGCAGAAGGAGAGACGGAAGUCUCCCGGGGCCGCUGGUUUCAGCCUGUUAGUGUUUGCCUGUCGUGGGGGUAACUGCAGUUACUGUCCAGCUCCUGUUCUCUGUCACAGCCCAGGCGAUGCAGUCACAGGCCAUACCUGGGGCCCUCAGAGAGUUCAGUACUGAACACUGGCCAACUGCCAGGCCUGGGGUCAGAAGCUGCACCCUCAGAUGUUCCUUUGCAGCUGUGGACAUAUAGGGUGUCCCCCCUUGCUCUCUGGGUACUUGAAAUGCCCAUUUUAGGGCCCUCCCAGCACAAGGACAACCCAGCCGCCAGCUUUUCAGGACUGUGUUUCAGAUGGCCUUGGGCCUGUGGAAAAAGGCUUGGUAGACGUUCUCCAAACUAGAAAUUCUGGCUGCAUUUUCCUAUCAGUGCUUCCAUUCUCUCUCUCUCUCUCUCUCUCUCUCUCUCUCUCUCUCUCUCUCUCUCUCCUCUCUCUUUCUCUCUCUCUCUCUCUCUCUCUCUCUCUCUCUCUCUCUCUCUCUCUCUCUAUCUCCUGGCUCAAGAGAGGAACAGGUAUGAAGUGCUCACCUCACACAGUCCGGAGGCCUCCCGGGGGGACCCUGGCCAAGAUGCCCAGCCUCCAACCUCAUCGUGGCUCCUGUUCUCCUAUAUAUAUAGAACUCUAGAACUUCUAAAGAACUCUGUGAUUGGAUCACAAACUGGAAUGCUACGUAGGAUCCAGGUAUACUGGCAUCCAAUAUGGAUUUCUAGACUGUUGUGAUUAAAGGAGCCCCCCGAGUGUAAUACAAUCAAGAUAGCCCCCAGCCUAGAGACAGUCUGAAAUCCCAGGUUAGUGGUGUUGGGGCGCUGUGUCCAUCAGCUUCUAAGAGAGGCCUUGGUAGGACAUGGUCCUCAAUGCAGACCUAAAGCCCUGCCACCUCCCACCACCAGCACAGCUGCAGUGGAAAAAAGAACCCAAUAUCCCAGGACCAGGUGCAUAACCCAGCUCCAUGCCAGUCCUGCCUGUUUACCUUUUGCUUUGUUAAUUACGUGUCAGACUCCCAGAGGGCUCCCAAACUAAUAGGAAGCAUUUCUGUAACCAGCCUGCCACCCACUGAUUCAGAAAUGGAAAUUGCAUUCUACAAUCUAUCGCUUCCACCAGCUAGCCGAGGAAAUCCUUGAAAUCCGUAUGCCAAUUAGAGUUGGGUCUCUCGAUUGUGUCAUUUACCAAUUAAAUAACAGACAUAAAUCUGGGAGCAGAGCCACGAAUUUGCUUGUGAGAUGCUGGCUGAUCUCAAGGCCAUCAGUGAUCUGGGGGUGAGAAACACUCGCAGCCACAACCACCCCAAUUAAGCGUGCAGCUGGCAAAGCAUCACUUCUCCUGCCCUCGCACAAGCCCUGCUCUGGCCGCCUGUCUGCAGGAGAGGUUGCCCUGUGCUUGCAAAGCUUGCUUUGAGCCCUAGUAUCUUUUGCAAAUGAGUGUUACAUCUUCAGAAGUGGCCCUUGGACAGGAAGGACUCAAAAGCUAAGGCCCUUCCAGAAUCUAGGAUAACAGCAAGUGCUGCAAUUCAGAGAGUCGAGUUAGGAUUCAUCAUCAGAGAGCAAUGCAACAUCAUUAAAAUAAAAACUGUGCCUUUUAAAAAAGAAAAAAAAUGCAAAUGUACAGCAAAUCCCUAAACUUGAACCAUUUCCUAGUGCCUUUGCUAGACAAACAUAAAGGGGCAGGGUUGGGGGGAGAGGAACAUUUUUGGUGGUGUAUGCAGUUCCUACUGGAUGAGUGUGUGUUUAUUCAUGUCUAAUUUCAGGCAGGAGCCGUUGGGCCUAGAGCAGGUUCUGAGGCAGAGGAGCCUCCCGAGGGCAGAGACCAGAUGUUGUCCUAGUCAGUGUGAGUGACACUCCAGAUUAAAAGGGCAGCUGGACAGCUCGUUUAGUCUGUGGCCUAGAAGAGGGCCCUGGUUGGAAGCCGUGCUUGCAGUCCCCCAGCCCAGCCCCAGACAGUGCAGAGCACUGGCUGGAUUUCCAAACGGUCCCACUCCAAAUGGGUGACAGUGUCCUCGGCACAACCAGGGCUCACGUGGAAAGCAGGAGCAACAGCAAACGUCCUCAGCCUUCCCCUCUCCUGUCCUUUGGGUCUCGUAUUGAGUCUGGUUUUACACCUUCAACAAGGGAUGAGCACUACAACAUUUGUCAUUGCUAAACCCGCGUCUGUAGGUGCUGGCUGUUGACACAGUAUGUAAUAGGGGAUGGAAGGAGACAAGGUCAUUGCUUAGCUGACCAACUGGUUGAUUGCAAAUACUCGCCACGCAUUGUUUUGGCCUCAUUUAUGAAAUCCAGCUGUGUCAAGGAUUCAGGUUCCUACUCACACUCCCAGCUGAUGCCCCGAUAACACGGCCAGGAGCCUGUGGAGAGGCUGUCAGCCAGGUAAGGGAUGAGAAUGUGAACCCCUCUUCCUCUAAAGCCUUUAUUCUGAGCAUGAGGUCGCAAAAAAAGAAGAAAAAAAAGAGUGGCUACAAAGUAGGACCGUGUGGCCCACCAGCGGCCUGUCCAGAGGGGGACUCCAGAAACAUUUCAGAAUGGAAAGAGCGAGCAUCUCUGUUGUGUAGUACAAGACCUUUGGUGGUGGCUAAAAAUGCAGGCACGAGCUUGAAAAGCCAUCCCAUCUUAUGCCUGCAGUUGGAGCUCUCAACUUGUAAAACAGUCCAGGAGCUGUCGAUUUCCCCCUGUAGGAGGACACAGUUUAGAGGCUGAAGGGGAUUCAUCUGUUGAAGAGAUCUGAUGUUUCUCCAGGGAAGAAAACAGUUCUUACUGAAGAUGGGGCAUAUGGAUUCCCAAAGUCCACAUUAUAUUCACGUUUCAAACCUCCUACCUGUUGAUUUCUUUUUUUUCUCCUUAACAAAUAGGUGAUGUCCUUGAAAAUGGCUCCAUACUUGUUUCCCUGCAUCUCCGUGUCCUAGUUUCUGGAGUCUCAGAAGAGUGGCAAAGCACUUUACAGUAGUAACUGAGAAACCUGGAGUUCUGGCUUCAGUGAUCCCCAGUUUUUACAGAUGGGGUGAUCUUUUUUAAUUCCUAGGAGGCGAUGAUUUUUUAAUGGUUUCUGAUUUCUAAAUGUGGGAGAGGGGCACAGAGUACAGUCCUGUUCUGGAAUUCUCUUCUCCUUUCAACUGAUGCUCUUUGUGAAAAUCCAAGUAAUAUUUUAGUUCAAACUUGAGCCAAGGCCCACUGCCACCUCUGGGAUGGGUACUGGACCUACAUUCCAAGUGACAAGGUCCUCUUAACAUGCACUCCCAAAAUGGCUUCGAUUCAGCCAUGCCAGGUAACAGGGUCGAGCUCCUGUUCUGUUUGGGUUUGAAGACCUGGGGUCCCAAGAUUACAGGGGCCUCCUUGAGAAGUCAGACAGGGAUUCCAUAGAGAAAGCUCAAGACUGCCAACCUCUCUUCUCCUGCCUAAAAACGUGAGCCUUUGUGAAGAAGUGACUUAUAUGUACAAUUGUGAUUGUGAUUGUGGUUGAGUAAACCUCCAGACUUUCUCUAA